GUUGGAUCAGGGAAAGGUUACCGCCUAUUUCUGCUUCUCCCCUCUUUCUAGUUUCUCCUCUUUACCCUCGCCGUAAAAAACCAGUGGAGGACACAGACAGAGCCAGCUCAGAGAAAGAAGAGAGAGAAAGCGGCUACGCUGGAGGUGAUACUUUUGGCUGUCGAGAUCGUGGAGACUGCAAACUCCUCCGACAUUUUAUCUUCUUCUCCUCUCAACCUCCCUCCAACCUUUUUCGUGAAUCGCGCUGCUUUCCAUCUGUGAAACCAUAAGUUUUUCUCUCCUGCAAUUUGAUACUGGAAGUGGAUGCAAUGCUCUCAUCCAAAUCCAAAUCUGGCUUGCCUGAUCCUGUCAACAACAAAAAUGGACCAGCUAGCAAAAUUGGUAGGCUGGGAUCUCUCGUGCUGGACGCUGAUUCUCCUUCCCCGCUGAAGAAACCUGGUUUUUCUAUUGAUUUUUCUCCAAGAUCUGCAGAUUUAAAGCCAGUGGCUAACCGCAGAUCACCGAAAAGUAGUACCACUCCUGAUAAACAAUCACGAGCAUUAAAGGGGUCGGAGCUUCAGGCGCAGCUUGCUGCAGUACUGGAGGAUCUCAGAACAGCAAAAGAACAAUUAGCCUUUGAAGAGAAGGAGAAAACCCGUGUCAUUGAGGAGCUGAGUGAUGUCAAGAAAGCAGUGGAAGAGGUGAGCGAGAAGCUUGCAGAAACUCUAUUAGCUCAGAAGAAAGCUGAGGAGAGUUCAGAGCUUGACAAGUUUCGUGCAGAUGAACUGGAGCAAGCUGCCAUUGAAGCUGCUCAAAAGAGGGAGAAAGAAUGGAACAAAGAACUUGAAGACAUCCAAAAUCGCCAUGCUGCAGAUGUUAAAGCACUGCUAUCUGUCACAGAGGAGCUUCAAAGAGCAAAACAUGACCUGGCAAUGACCAUUGAUGCCAAGAAUACUGCACUGAGUCAUGCUGAAGACGCCAUGAAGAUUGCAGAGGUUAAUGCAGAGAAGGUGGAAAUUUUUUCUGGAGAAAUCACUCGUUUGCAAUCUUUACUCCACUCUAAGCUUGAGAGCAAGUCCAUGGAGACAGCCGAGCUCAUCAGGAAGUUGGGUUUAGAAGUUGAAGCUUUGAAGGUUGAACUUGAAGAAGCAAAGCUAGCUGAAGAAAAGUUGGCUCAGAUGGAAACCUUGGCUGAAGGGCUAAAGAGUGAACUCAUAAAUGCAAAGAAAGCUGAAUCUGAUGCGGCUGUUCUUGUGGAUGAGUGGAAGAAGAAGGCAGAGUUGUUAGAAUCUAGCUUGGAAGAAAUAAAAGAGUCUGAAAGUUUGGCUCAGGAUUCUCUUGCUUCUUUGACAAAGCAGGUAGAAGAGAGCAAGUCCAUGCUUGAUGAUACAGAAUCUGAAAUUAUUUCUUUAAGGGGAAAGGUUGAAGCUUUAGAGCUUGAAGUGGCUAGCCAUGAAGCAGAUCAUGAAAAAUCUGAAAUCCAACUCACUCUGGCAAAGCAGGAAGCGUUGGAUUUGAAAAACAUGGUCGAAGUCUUGAAGAGCGAGAUCCGGCGAGCUGAGGAGGAUAGGGCCCAAGCAUUGAACAACACGAAGCUUACAACUUCAACUGUGGAAAACCUCAAUCAGGAAAACAGUAAGCUUGCCGCUGAGUUACAAAUUACUAAAGAGGAUUCAGAGAAAGCUAAGAAAGCAAUGGAAGGAUUGGCGGCAGCAUUGCAUGAAGUCUCUUUAGAAGCCAGGGAUGUACAAGAAAGGCUCUUGAUCAAGCAAGCCGAGGUUGAUAGUGUUGCAGCUGAGGUAGAUGAAUUAAAAUUGACCCUCAAAAACACCCAGGAAAAAUAUGUGGUCAUGCUUGAUGAAGCCAAAUAUGAGAUUGUUUGUCUCAAAAAGACGAUUGAGAAGUCUGAAACCGAAGCGAAGGACUUGAUGGCUGAAUGGGAUGAUAAGGAGAUUAAUUUGAGAAAUGCCAUGAAGAAGGCAGAUGAUGAAAUUGUUUCAAUCAAGCUAGAGAGGGAUAAAGCCAUGGAGACUCUUGAGAUGAAAAAAUGUGAAGUGAAAGCAGCUGAGGAAGAGGCAAACAAGCUUCAUGAUAAGUUGAGGCAAGCUGAAUACGAGCUAUUUGUUGCCAGUGAUGCUAUUGAAGAAGUAAAAGCAGAGUGCAGAGGCUUCAAAGAGAUAAUAUUGGAUAAAGAGAAUGAGCUGCAAAACAUCUUUCAGGAGAAUGAGGAGCUCCGGGUUCGGGACUCUGCUGCUUCAGAGAAAAUUAAAGAACUUUCUGAAACACUCUUGAAGGUUUCAUCCAUGGAGGAAGAAGAGGGGGAGCUUUGUAAUAGUGAUAAAAGUUACAACACACUGCAAAAGAUGUUAGAAGUCAGGGAAAGCAAAGUUGAUGAAACUGAAACAGGAAAUUCAGAAGCUCCAUCAGAAGAAUCUCAGGAAGUUUUUAAAGAGGGCAUUAACAAUUUAGAGGAGAAUGGCAAUGAAAAUGCAGAGGAAUGGGAUCUCGUGAAGAUGAAACCAAAGAUUUUUGAAGGUGAAACCAUGGAUAAGCAAUCACCCACUGAAAUGGAGCAUUAUGCCGAAUCAAUUGAUGAUGAAGAUGUGCAGAAUGGAAACACUUCACCGAUUAAGCAGCGGCAGCUGCAGAAGAAGAAGGCAUUGCUACAUAGAUUUGGUAAUAAUAUCGGCAAUAAUGAGGUAUCAGUGGGUGGCCGGCAACUGAGGUAGCAGCAACCUGCGGAAGCGGCGGCGGCAACUUGCCUAGAACAUUUUACAUGAACUGUGUAAUUCAAAUUCGGCCAAAUCGGUCAAAUUCUGAAUUUAGCCAAAAUUAAUUGCGGUGUAAACUUCAAAUUCAUUCAUAUUUUAUAUUGUAUUUGUAAUUCUUCAUACCAAAUACAUGAUUUUCUCAAAUCCUUGCAAAAGAAUUAUAC